AUGUUGGAGGCUCCGCCCAGCAGGAACUUCUCCUACACCAGCUUUGUGUUCCGAGGUUUUCCAGAGCUGCAGGAACACCGCCACCUGCUGGCGCUCCUCUUCUUCUUCUCCUACCUUUCGGUGCUGCUGGGGAACUCUGUGCUGGUGUACGUCAUCCUCAGGGUGCAGCGUCUGCACAGCCCCAUGUACUUCCUCAUCUGCUCGCUGUGCGUCGUGGACAUCCUCGUGGUCACAACCAUCAUCCCCAACAUGCUGCUCGGCCUGCUGUUCAACUGGAACCGCAUCUCGCUGGUCGGCUGCCUGAUCCAGAUGUUCUUCACUCACUUCCUGUCCUCGGUGGAGUCCACGCUGCUGCUGGCGAUGGCGCUGGAUCGCUACGUGGCGAUCUGUAAGCCGCUCCGCUACACGGACAUCGUGGACUCGUCCGCGCUGCUGAAGCUGCUGCUCUUCACGCUAGUGCGCAGCGUCUCCAUCAUGGCCACUCUGGUGGGGUUGGUAGGUUCUCUGUGGUUCUGCAGCUCCAACACCAUCAACCACUGUUACUGCGACCACAUGGCGCUGGUUAUCCUGGCGUGUGGCAACACCGCGAGGAACAACGCAGCCGGUCUGGCUGUAAUCAUCUGCUUUGUUGGUGUGGACAUCUCCAUCAUUUUCUUCUCCUACAUGAAGAUCCUCAGCAUCGUCCUGCGAGCGGCAGCGGCCGGCGAAGACCGCCUGAAGGCGUUCCACACCUGUGGCACUCACCUGAUGGUGAUCAUGUGCUUCUACCUGGUGGGCAGUGUCACAUUCCUCUCUCACAACCUGAACAUUCCCAUCAGUACGGAUGUCAACACCCUGAUGGGCGUCCUGUACAUUCUGAUCCCAGCGACGGUCAACCCCAUCAUCUACGGCGUUCGUACCAAAGAAAUCCGAACCGGCCUCCUGAGGCUCCUCAAAGUCCAAGAGAAGAGAAUCUCAUCCACGAAGAUUUCACCUUCAGGAAAAACGUGA